AUGUCGAAUCUGGGUAGAGAACUGCCGCAGAGCAGAUCUCGAGGCGAAAACUUCGGACCAGCUGAACAAGCACUAUAGAUUAUGCGCCAAACACUUCGAUCCAGCCAUGGUUUGCAAAACUAGCCCCUAUAGGACUGUACUGAAGGAUACAGCCAUUCCAACAAUAUUUGAUCUGACGAGCCAUCUCAAAAAUCCUCACACCAGACAUCGCAAACGGAUUAAAGAGCUUACUGAAGAAGAUAUAAGAAAGAUUAAAGAAAGGAGACUGGCGUCCUCCAUUGAGCAGCUUGUGUCCAAACAAGAUGCAGCAGUUGAGGACAGCUCGAGCACCAACGAGGAAGAACCUCAGCUGUCCACAGAGGAGAAGGAGUUCCGUGAAUACCUGAGAUCCUUGUUUGAGGUCGUGGUCAUGUUGGCAAAACAGAGCAUCCCGUUAGUGGCGGACCAAGCAAAAGAACCUGAGCGCAAGUCCAACAACCUCCAGGCCCUGCUCGAUUACCGCAUGAAUGCAGGAGAUGAAGCUUUGAAGAGGCGCUUUGAGGCGACAGCUGUGAACACAGACUACCUCUCUGUGACCCAGCAGAGUCAGCUGCUGGAUGUGUGUGAGAACACGGUGAGGGAGGAGAUGCUGAUGGAAGUGAGAGAGAGUCGCUUCUUCUCCAUCGUAACGGGCGACCUCGUAGAGUUCUCCAACGAGAGGCACCUUCCUCUGUUUUUACGCUUCGUGAAUCAGCAGAACGUUCUCCGGGAGGAGUUUUUAGACUUUGUGCUGUUCGAUGGAGAUGAGGCCUCGCUGGUGGAGCGACUGGAGGCCCAGCUGACUGAUCGGUGGGGGCUCAGCAUGGAGGACUGCCGUGGUCAGGCCCACAAGGCCACUGGGAGUUCCACCACCAAGAUGAAAGCUGUGGCAGUGUUACUGAUGGAGAAGUAUCCCCUGCUUCUGAGCAUGCCGUGCUCCCACAUGGCACUGAACGUCCACCUGGCCAGCAGUCUGCCUUUUCCAAAUGUGCAGGUUGUCAUGGAGAUUCUGAGGAGGGUGGAUGCUUUCUUCAAAACGCCGCUCACCCAGGAGGAGCUGGAUAUCGCUGUCUCCUCUCACUACCAGAAGAAUGAAGACAAGGUCACUGCAGUGAAACAGGCUUGUGGAUCAGGAUGGAUGCAGCAACACAGUGCUUUUGACGUAUUCCUGGAUUUGUUGCCGCCCCUACUGCUGUGCAUGGAAAACAUUCGGGACAAUGACGAUGGAAAGUUUGCCGGCAGCGUCACAGCAGAUGCAUAUUCAAUCACAGAAAUUCUGUUCGACUUUGAGAUCAUUGUCACCGUCGUCAUCCUAAAGAAUGUUCUCACGUUCACCAGAGCUUUUGGGAGGAAUCUCCAAGGAGAAACACUGGAUGUGUUCUUUGCUGCCAACAGUCUAACUGCUGUGCUGCAUUCACUAAACGAGGUCAAUGAUAACAUUGAUGUCUACCAUGAAUUCUGGUAUGAGGAGGCCGUGAGCGUGGCCAACGUAAUGGAGAUUCCUGUGAAGGUCCCGAGGCUUUUCCUCCGGAAACAGCGCAUAGCUGACAUGGAUGAAAUCCAAACAGAGUCGUAUUUUAAGGAGUAUGUGACUGUCCCUGUCAUCCGUGGCAUCAUGCAGGAAGUGGAGGACAUGUUCUCCGACACCAACCUCAAAGCUCUCAAGUGCCUGUCACUGGUCCCUGCUGUCAUGGGCCAGAUGAAGUUCAACACCACAGAGGAGAACUACGCAGAUGUUUACCGCAACGACCUCCCCAACCCAGACACGCUUCCGGCAGAGCUGCACUGCUGGAGGAUCAAGUGGAAGCACAGGGGCAAAGAGGUGCGCCUGCCCACCACCAUCCACGAGACCCUGCAGCUUCCAGACAUCAAGUUCUUUCCCAACGUGAACUCCUUCCUCAAGGUGCUCUCCACCUUACCUGUGCUGAAACUGGAAGAAAACAAAAGCGACACAGCGAGCGAGCGGCUGCAGGCGUAUCUUGCCAGCAUGCCCGCCAAGCAGUGGAACAAAAGCCUCGCAAUGCUCAACAUCAACACUCAUGUCAAACACGACCUGGACGUCAUGGUAGACAAGUACUGCAGACUCUAUCCAGAGGAUGACCCUGAAGCUGAGGAAGCGGCGCCCGAGGAAGAUUCUGUGACGAAAUCGUAAUGACCUUAAAACAAACCUUUGCUCUUAUUGUAUGUGGUGAAACAUUAGUGUGUUGAGAUGCAUCCUAGCCUUAUCUUGUAAAUUUGUCAGGAAGAGAACAUUAAAAUAUUUUCUAAGUCAGAUACACCACAAAAAAUGAUCUGUAAAUAUCAAAUAUUUGCAUCUGUGUUGGGCUGUUAGACUUUAGUAAUAAUGAAUCUUCAUGAAUAAUAUUUUGUAGCUCAUUCACACGAAGCUUUUCUUUAUUGUGUGUUUUUUUAAAUCCAACCACAUGAUGAACACAAGCAGCCCUGUUGAUCUAUAGGACAAGGUUGGUUUUUUUCAAGUGACUGUGAGGCAGGAGGAGCACAAGAGGGAGCAGUUACACCAAUAUCAGCUGAAUGAAGCCAGCCGGAAGCCAUUCUUCCCUCUAUACACAGUGUGAUGUGUUUUUGAUAGUUAUAUAGCCCAGGAUGUUGAUGUGUUCUCAUUGAAACCGUUCAAACAUCUCCUGAUAUGUUGUAAAGUUACACGUUUCUCUUGUGGUGUAUUAAAAAGUCUGGAUUUAGCUGGUUCAUGUUUUAAAUGUUUGUGGUGAUGUAGUUUGUUUUCCUGUGUCUUAAAAUAUUCACAAACAGGCCUAGUUUCAGUUUGUUUGAAUUAAAAAAAUA